CAAUACGGUAAUCAACUCUAUAAUUUUAACUUUGUACAGUAAUAACAUGUUUAAAGAAAACUCGAAUCACUUAUUAAGUGCAGAAAAUAGUUCAGAUUCUACUGACCUGACAAUUAAAAAUACUAAAUCUUCAUCAUACAACAUAAAUGAAGUUGGUAGAGAAGAUACCAAACCUCUAAAAACUUCAAAGAAACCCUUCUUAGGAGGAUAUAGAAAUAAAUUAACUGGUCAAAUUUUUCAUCAUGCCUUUACCCAGACUCGUCCAUCUCCAUGGAAAUAUGAGUUUGUUCUACGAUUUAAUCGUGAUGCACAGACAGUAGAAAUGAAAGACAAAUCUCAACAAACACCAAAAGAUGCAAGUACUCAAGUACAAGCUCGGAAUAUAUAUUUAAGCAUUGAAAAUGAUAAAAUUUUAGAAACAACAAAUAAUUAUAUUUAUGCUGAUGAAAUUAAAAAGGAAUAUUUAAAUAAGAUAAUAACAUUGCAAAAAUACAUUAGAAGUUGGUUAGCCUUUCGUGAAUUGUUAAGAAGAAAAAAGAAAGCUUUACUACAAAUUUUAUGGGAUAAAGAACAAAUUAAAAUUAAACGUAAAGAAGAUGCUGACUGGCUACAGAAUUUAGAGAAAAGAAAACUAAAUCCAAAAACUGCAGAUGAUUUUAGAUUAAUUUUCAGUGAUUUACAAAAGUGGCUGAAUUCAGAAACUAAAUCUAUUUCUGAAGUCCGGUCUGGUGCAGAUUGUAAAGCUGCUAUGUGGUUACUUGUAAAUUCAGAAGUGGCAAGAAUUGAAGAUGUCAAUAAGAAGAAAGAUAAGUUUGAACAUGAACAAUAUAUUCAGAGGAGAGAAAAGUUUCUUGAGAAGGCUGCUAAAUCAAAAAUGUGGAAAGCUUCAAAUGACACUGCACAAGUACAUACUGGUACAACAUUAAGAGCAACAUAUCUUCAUGACCUUUACCAGACUUUAUCUACGAAAUAUAUAUCAGUUCAAGAUCGUGUGGAUGCUUUAAAAAAUUUAAAAGCAAUUCUAAAGCCAUAUCAUUCUAAACUAACUGAUAAUUUGAUACAACUGGCAAAUCGAGAAAUUGACUUGCAUAUCAGAGGAAUAAAAAAUGUUCAUCUAGAAGGUUUACAAAACAGGAUUCGCAACCUAUUCUGGCAGUUUGCUAAGAAACCAGUAUAUAAUCCAGAAAUGCAGUUACUUACUAAAAUGAAGAAAGAUGAUACAUCUUCUCCUUAUAUUAUGUGCUGUUCUGCUUGCAAAAGCUUUUAUAUUUUACCAAUCAAUUCGACUGAUGAGAUUCUUGGGAAAAGUGUUAUAGAAAAUUAUUUCACAAAAUGCAAGAAAUGUUUGAAUAUUGAAAAUGAAGCUUGGAUUAGAAAAGAUCUAGAACUUUACAAAAGAAUAUUAAGAAUACUGAUAUCUGAGGAAGAGAAAAAAUCUUCAAAAUCAAGUAUAAUAUAUAUUCUGCGGCCGAGUGAUAUAGGAUACCUCGUAGAAAAAAUAUGGAAACAUCAAAGCUGUUUAAGCUGUUCAAAAAAUGACUUGGAAUUAGAGUUAACACGCUUUAACAUGGAUAAGAAUUGGACACCUUGGAAUUGUCUACUUGUUACAAGGCAAGAGGCAAAUGUUCUAUCGAAGAUUCCCGAAUCAGAACCAAAAUAUGAUAAGAAAUUCAAGAUGUGUGUGUCUCAGAAGCAUGCAGAAGCAAGAAAAUAUUUUGCUACCAUUCCAAGAUUUUUACCAUAUCUUGUAGAAGAUAGUGAUGCAUCUUUGAAAACGAAUAUUUAA